AUUAGGAAGCAGCAAUUUCUACAAAGAAAGGAGCCUCCUUUUUGUUGCCCUGUGUCAAAAAGAAACCUUUUUGGGAUUUAUUUGGUUUCGCUUUCUUGGGACCAAAAAAAGAGGAGAUGAAUCCGAAACAGGAGACAAUAAACCUUCACUUCUUCUUCUUAGUCUUCGUCUUCUAUGUGUUCGUCCUCUGUGCUCGCUUUCAACCCUCUGAUGCUACUACUAAAGACUCGUCGGCUCAACAAGUGAAGUUACAGAAUCGUCGACUUGGCUCAUCCGUCGUGUUUCCUGUCUCUGGGAAUGUGUAUCCUCUCGGGUACUAUUAUGUGUUGCUUAACAUAGGCAACCCACCUAAGCUCUUUGACUUGGACAUUGACACUGGCAGUGACCUCACUUGGGUUCAGUGUGAUGCACCUUGCAACGGUUGCACAAAGCCUCGUGCUAAGCAGUACAAGCCCAAUCACAACACUUUGCCUUGUUCACACCUCUUGUGUUCUGACCUCGACCUUACCCAGAACAGACCUUGUGAUGACCCUGAGGAUCAAUGUGACUAUGAAAUUGGAUACUCCGAUCAUGCAUCAUCUAUUGGCGCACUUGUAACUGAUGAGUUUCCUCUAAAACUCGCAAAUGGCUCCACUAUGAAUCCUCAUUUGACAUUUGGAUGUGGGUAUGAUCAGCAGAAUCCUGGUCCACACCCUCCUCCUCCAACAGCGGGAAUCCUUGGCCUUGGAAGAGGGAAAGUAGGCAUCUCAACUCAGCUUAAGUCCUUGGGGAUAACGAAGAAUGUGAUUGUGCAUUGCUUAAGUCAUACUGGUAAAGGCUUUCUCUCUAUUGGAGAUGAGCUUGUUCCUUCUUCUGGAGUUACAUGGACUUCAUUGGCUACAAAUUCAGCUAGUAAAAACUACAUGACUGGACCAGCAGAGCUUCUCUUUAACGACAAGACCACAGGUGUCAAAGACAUUGACGUAGUUUUCGAUAGUGGAAGCUCGUACACUUACUUCAACGCUGAAGCAUACCAAGCGAUUCUUGAUCUCAUAAGAAAAGACUUGAAUGGGAAGCCUUUGACGGACACAAAAGAUGAUAAAAGCUUACCUGUCUGCUGGAAAGGCAAAAAACCUUUGAAGUCACUUGAUGAGGUCAAGAAAUACUUCAAGACUAUUACUUUACGAUUUGGGAAUCAAAAGAAUGGUCAGCCAUUUCAGGUUCCACCUGAGUCGUAUCUCAUUAUUACUGAAAAAGGAAAUGUAUGUUUGGGUAUUCUGAACGGAACUGAAGUGGGGCUCGACAGCUACAAUAUCAUUGGAGACAUAUCUUUCCAAGGGAUAAUGGUGAUCUAUGACAAUGAGAAGCAGAGGAUUGGAUGGAUUUCUUCAGACUGUGACAAACUUCCCAAUGUGAAUCACGACGAUGGAGGAGAUCUGUCGGAGGAGGCUUAUCCAAGAGGAUUUGGUUUGAUAAAAGAGCUUUUCUCAGGAAGUGAUUCUUCUAAGAACAAGAACUUGCGGGAGAGAGUGAAAUUAGGGCUGAGCGAGAUUGAUUCUGAAGCAAUUUCUUUUAUGGCGGCGAAGAUGACUGAGAUAACGUCGGCGAUGGACAUUGACGUAGACGAAAUUCAGCCUCGCAAGCCGAUUAACAAGGGAAAAGACAUCGCCGGAUUUGGUGCUCCGCCGCAGAGUAAGGCGACGCCUUGGGUUGAGAAGUACCGACCUCAGUCGCUUGAUGACGUCGCUGCACAUCGUGACAUUAUUGAUACGAUUGAUAGGCUGACCAAUGAGAACAAAUUGCCCCAUCUUCUCUUGUAUGGUCCUCCCGGUACAGGCAAAACAUCCACCAUUCUAGCCGUCGCCCGGAAACUAUAUGGACCCAAGUACCGUAAUAUGAUUCUUGAACUGAACGCAUCAGAUGAUAGAGGAAUUGAUGUUGUAAGGCAGCAGAUUCAAGAUUUCGCUAGCACACAGAGCUUCUCUUUAGGAAAAUCUUCGGUGAAGUUGGUUCUGCUAGAUGAAGCAGAUGCCAUGACAAAAGAUGCUCAGUUUGCCUUGCGUAGAGUUAUUGAGAAAUACACAAAGAGUACUAGGUUUGCGCUCAUUGGAAACCAUGUCAAUAAGAUCAUCCCAGCUUUGCAGUCGAGAUGUACUCGAUUUAGAUUUGCCCCUCUUGAUCCUGUUCAUGUGAGUCAACGUCUUAAACAUGUAAUAGAAGCUGAAGGGCUUGGUGUUAGUGAUUGUGGUUUGGCAGCUCUUGUACGGCUGAGCAAUGGAGACAUGAGAAAAGCAUUGAACAUUUUGCAGUCAACGCAUAUGGCGUCAAAGGAAAUUACAGAGAAAGAGUCAAAGAAAAUUACAGAGGAAGAGGUUUACCUCUGCACCGGAAACCCAUUGCCCAAGGACAUUCAGCAGAUAUCUCACUGGCUUCUGAAUAAACCAUUUGAUGAGUGCUACAAAAACAUUUCAGAAAUCAAGACGAGAAAAGGACUUGCCAUUGUUGAUAUCGUCAGAGCGGUUACCAUGUUUGUUUUAAAAAUCAAGAUGCCUUCACAUGUCAGAGUUCAACUGAUAAACGAUUUGGCAGACAUUGAGUACAGAUUGAGUUUGGGUGCAACGACAAACUGCAGCUUGGAGCUAUCAUUUCUACAUUCACACAUGCCCGGUCUAUCAUUGUUGAUGCAGCAAAAUAAACCAUGUUUUUACCAUUUUGGAACCCACAGUAGCUCGCCACCUAACAAAAGUCUCUGUACAUUUUAUGGCGUAUGUGACCAAAGCCUUGCUUUUAAAUUUCCUAUGAAGAGUUUCAAUGCCACCUUGUUAUCCUCUCAUCUUAUUGCAUUGAAAUUCAGUUUCUUGAUCAAAAUAUGUUUUAAUGAUCUUGUGGUCGUGUUUAACUAUGAAUGAACCCAGGCAAAAUCAAGGUAAAAUAACUUA